GCGAUAACGAGAGUGAUAAGCCGACGACUUCACAGCACAAGCGAUGUUACUGUUUCUCCAAAACUCUCAGGAUUCUCUAUUGUAUCUCCCAAACACUGAACUCUUUUAUAGGCACCCGUGGAUUCAAUCUUCUGUUUUAGGAUCUGAUUUGUUAAAUACCCUUUUACUGAAGGUUGAGGUAGAGUAUGCAGAUGGAACCAAGUUCAAGUUUUCAUCAGAGUUUUUGAGGAUUCAUAGUCCAGCUGCUGAUGGGAAAGUCAGAUCUAUCGGUGGUGAAAAGGUGAUAUCUGGAAGGCGGUAUGUAGGAAUCAUGUCUGCAGAACCGGUUGGAAACUACGGGGUAAGGUUAGUGUUUGAUGACUUGCAUAGAACGGGGAUAUAUCCAUGGGAUUAUUUCCACGAGCUUGGGAGCAACAAGUUUGGUCUUAUGAGAAGCUACAUCAAGACUCUUCAAAAGCAUAAUCUCAGCCGUGAACCUGCUCCUUCAAGAAAGAGAUGAUUCUGAUCAUCAAAAGUCUCCUUGUUGAGCAGAAACAGAGAAUGAGAUAUACUUAUGCUGACUCUCCAAAAGCAUAAUCUCAGCCGUGAACCUCCUCCUUCAGCUGGUUGUAUUGUGAAUAUUACAAAGUUGAUUAUCUUUUCUUUAAGUUUUCCUUUUGACAGAAUGCUAUAUUUGGCUUUGAUGAUAUAGAUUUUGAUUCUUUUCCAUCA